AUGGUCCUCUUCCUAGAAACGCAUACAUGGAGAGCGUUAAAUAGCAAAUCCAUUUAUCUAUAUAUUAUAUUACAUUAUAUCUAUCUAUCUAUCUAUCUAUCUAUCUAUCUAUCUAUCUCUUCUGUUCAUAUGAAUAUCUAUCUAUCUAUGUCAGUCUGUUCAUAUGAAUAUCUAUCUAUCUAUCUAUGUCAGUCUGUUCAUAUGAAUAUCUAUCUAUCUAUCUAUCUAUCUCAGUCUGUUCAUAUGAAUAUCUAUCUAUCUAUCUCAGUCUGUUCAUAUGAAUAUCUAUCUAUCUAUCUAUCUAUCUCAGUCUGUUCAUAUGAAUAUCUAUCUAUCUAUCUAUCUAUCUCAUCUGUUCAUAUGAAUAUCUCUAUCUAUCUAUCUAUCUAUCUAUCUAUCUAUCUAUCUCAGUCUGUUCAUAAUAUCUAUCUAUAUCUAUCUAUCUAUCUAUCUAUCUAUCUCAUCUGUUCAUAUGAAUAUCUAUCUAUCUAUCUAUCUAUCUCAGUCUGUUCAUAUGAAUAUCUAUCAUAUCUAUCUAUCUAUCUAUCUCUGUCUCUGUCAUAUCUAUCAUCUAUGAAUCAUAUCUAUCUAUCUGUCUUUAUCUAUCUAUCUAUCUAUCUAUCUAUCUAUCUAUCUAUCUAUCCCUGUUUGUCUUCUUACGUUCAUAUAACAGAAUAUAAAAAAAACCUAUCUAUCUAUCUAUCUAUCUCAGUCUGUUCAUAUGAAUAUCUAUCUUCUCUAUCUAUCUAUCUAUGUCAGUCUGUUUAUAUCUAUCUCAGUCUGUUCAUAUGA